UUUGUUAAAAGUAAAACGGCUCUGAAUGUCAAUGAAACGUCGCCGUGUGUUUGUGUUGUAAUCGACACGUCGCUUUAGCUGUGAAGCUGAUGGCCGUUACAAACAGACGAGGGCAAAUAAUUCACCUCACUAAACACACACUGGUAUCAAUGAGAGCCUUCAUAGGGACAGUUCACACUUCCCUGUCAGAGCUUCAGCGGGAUUUAACAGCUUACAGAGUGAAUAUAAACCUCUGCUGACUGACUGGAGCUGCAAAAGAACAUUUAACAGCUGGUCCUUUCUGAGAUUGUUGUAAAACUGACAGCUUUCCUACAGCGGUUUGAUCAACUGACAGGUGAUGCCAGUAGACCAGGAUGGACCAAUAUCAUCACAACAGUUACAGUAGCUAAAAUGGCACAUUUUAGGAUUGUAAACUGUUGAAGUAACCGCUGACUGGAUUUGGCACCAUAAUAACCUUCUUCCGGAGCUCAAUAUAUUGAAGACGGACUCCACUUUUGACCUUUAGACCACAUCAUACCUGCCGUCAAUAUGUUUGCUUAAGAAAGUUUAAGUCUUAGAUCUUUGACGCUGCAGCGAGUGUUUCCCCGAAGACCCGGUUUUAGUAUUCUUGGACCGUUGAAGAGCCUUUGCUCGAGAUGUUUACCGCUCUGAAGAAGCUAGUGGGCUCUGAAGCAGGGCAGCUCAGGGAUAGAAAUAUUCCUGCCGGCCUGCAAUCCAUGAACCAGAGUCUACAGAGACGCUUCGCCAAGGGUGUACAAUAUAACAUGAAAAUAGUCAUCCGUGGGGACAGGAACACCGGUAAAAGUGCACUUUGGCACCGACUUCAAGGGAAAAAGUUCCUGGAAGAGUACAUCCCCACGCAGGAGAUCCAGGUCACCAGCAUUCACUGGAACUACAAAACGACAGAUGAUGUAGUGAAAGUUGAGGUCUGGGAUGUGGUAGACAAAGGACAAAAGCUUCCUCUUCCAGAAGGUGUAGGGAAAGGGAAAAGACGCGGAGAGAAUCUGAAAUUGGAAAACGAACCUCAGGAGUCUGAAUCGGAAAUGGCUCUCGACGCAGAGUUCCUGGAUGUCUAUAAGAACUGCAAUGGUGUGAUCAUGAUGUUUGACAUCACCAAACAGUGGACGUUCAACUACAUCCUUAGGGAGUUACCAAAAGUGCCAACGCACGUCCCAGUGUGUGUCCUGGGUAACCAGCGGGACAUGGGCGAGCACAGGGUCAUCUUACCCGAUGACAUCAGAGAUUUUAUCAACAGUCUGAACAGACCUCCGGGCUCCUCUUACAUCCACUAUGCCGAGUCUUCCAUGAAAAACGGCUUUGGUCUCAAAUACCUCCAUCGCUUCUUCAACAUCCCAUUCUUGCAGCUGCAGAGGGAGACUCUGUUACGACAACUGGAGACUAAUCAGCUUGACAUCGAUGCCACGCUAGAGGAACUCGGUGUUCAGCAGGAGACGGAGGACCAGAACUAUGACAUAUUUCUUGAGAUGAUGGAGUCACGCAAAGCUUAUGCAUCUCCAGCGCCCUCUAAUGGCCAGAGCCCGUCCUCAGGGUCCCAGUCCCCUGUGGUGCUGCCCGGUGCCGCCUCUCCCAGUAACUCCAGCCCCAGUACACCACAGGCUCCUGUCCCUAUCCAGACACAAUCCGCCCCGCCACCACCUCCAUCUAUACCACACCCUCCUGUCCAGCUCACAGCCGCCCAUGCACCCCAAACACCAUCUCAAAGCCUGGAGCCUUCGCCCGCAGCAACGGUGCCCGCAUCUACCCAACCCGCACCUCCUCAAGCCCAGAAACGAGGCUUCAUGUCACGCCUGUUCGGUUCGUCGGCUGCAGAGACUUCACCAGACAGACCAGAAACUACAGAUUCUGAAGGCCCGAAUCCCUCUGGAAAGGUGCAGAGCGUGGAUGAAUUUGUACCGGAGGUUGGAUUGGACCGGACCUUUCUGGAAGACGGAGGAACAGCAGUUAAAUCAAAGAAAAAACCUCCAACGUCAGCUCCCAUUCUGGACAGUGAUAGUGAUGGAGAGGGCCGGGGAAAUCCUCUGGUCUCCGGCUUCCAGGAUGAUUUAGAUCCGGAUGACCGAGCGCUGAGCCGGCCUGCCCUUAAAGCGGUGGUCCCAAGCGUGGGCGUCACACUCACGAGUGACGAAGAGGAGGAAGAUUCAUCUCUACCCUCUGUUGCCCGGCACAAAGGCAUCAGCUCAGGAACAAACUCAAAGGGAUCUUCAGUGAACUCCAUCAAACAUCUGCAAACCCUGUCCAAACCAGCCGAGAGACCCCAAAGCCUCAAAACUACAGCAGGACCUGCAGGUGUAAAGACAGGGGGCGCUGGUGAGGAGCACUCAGAUUCAGACGCUCAGCAGAUGCUUUCGUUUGCCAUGGAUGACCCUGAUUUCGAGAGUGAAGAACUUGGCGUACACAAGACCAGAAAGGGGGCCCUUUCUGCACUAGAUGACUUCUCUGACCGGUCAGAUGAUGGUUUUGUGUUAGCUGGACUCCAGGAGCCCCCCAAACCUGUUGCCCCCUCAUUCAAGACCCUCAAUAGCGACAUUGACCUCUUCGGCCUGGGAUUUGAAGACACGACACCUAAGAGUAAAGACAGCAGUGAAGAUCAGGAAGAUAAUGAAAGCAGACACUCCAUAAAGGACAAGAAAAAGAAGAAAAAGAAAAGCAAAGAGGAGGAUGAGAAAAGCAGCAAAAAACGACACAAACACAAGAAAAAGGAAAAAGAUGAAGCAGGAACGGUAGACGAGAAAGAAAAGAAGAAGAAGAAAUCAUCAAGGCCCAAGAAAGCAGGAACUGUGGACGAUCUUGAGGCCUUCCUGGCCAGUGAGGGUGGAGAUUAUGAAGAACUCUAGAGCUCCAUCUAACCAAUCAGGGUUUGACAUCAACACCGUGUGACAUCGCCAGGUCAUUUUCCAAUCCAUUCCACCUGUUUUUCAGUGCCUAACCUUUUGAAUUUUCACAGCGUUUUUGUUCUUCCAGCAGUGCAGCUUUACGUUGUGCUUUCUCAAAUUGGUACGUGGCACCGUUGUUCGCCUCAUGACGUUUUCCAAAGUGUAUCAGGAUUUUCACCUAUAACUUUAGAUGCAUUUUUCGGGAAGGACAAUCGAUCUUAUUCGAGUUUAUAUUCCGUUAUUAACUGAUUCCAGCAAAAUGAUGACGUUUGACAAAAACUUGGUCAUUUUUAGCUGUAUUGGUUUUGUUUUGUGUGUCUGUCAAUGUGUGUGUGUGUGUGUAUAUAUGUGUCCCUGAAAACUUUUGGCAACUCUGUGUGUGCUUGCAUUUUAAUUUAGCAAACUUAUAGAGGGGUUAAUCAGACUUUCCGAUCAAAUCUGCACAGCAGUAGGAGGCCACAUAUAAUACACGAGCAACACUCAUUUUUGUGUGAAUUGUUCGAAAAAUUAUUAUUUUCUCAGUCUCGAGUUGCAUUUAAUUGAAUGAUUUUGGCUGUGUUUAAAAAAUGUUGCAUAAAUUCUAAAUUCUAUCUAACAAUUAAUGUAAGAAUUAGGGCUGUCAAACGAUUAAUUGCAUCCAAAAUAAAAGUUUGUGUUUACAUAAUAUAUGUGGGUUC